AUGACGCAGGACGGGAAGGACGUGUCCGCCUGCGCUCCGCAAAAAGACGUAUGUGGCUCGUGCGAGGCUCGCUUCUACGCGAAGCAGCAGUUUCUUGUCUGCUCGGCAGGUUGCAAUCGCCGUUUUCAUUGUAAGUGCUUGAACGUCACCCAUGAAGAGUACAAUUUCUACAUGAAGAGUGGCACGAGCGCUUUCAAGUGCUCGGGCUGCACCCGAAGGAGUAGUGCGUCACCGAGGAAUGACGCCGCUGCUGGUAUCGGAGGUGUGGUUCCCGCUCCUGUGGCGUUCGUCGAACCAUCGAAUGUGACGCUCGAUGACGGCUCCGUUCCGCCCGCUCUGCUACGCCUCAUCGAAAGCCUGUCAAGCAAAUUGGACAUCGUUACGGCAGAACUCAAGUGCCUUAGGGCGGACAACAACAGCCUUCGCUCCGAAGUGCUUCAUCUCCGUAAAAGUGUCCAUGAACGAAUGCCUCUUCCGUCUUCUUCAUCAACCAUGUACGCGUCCGUCGCAGCGCUGCCGCCUGCUGCACCAACGUCAGUGUUGAGACCUCGAGCUGCAGAAUCGCUCCUCAACACAGUUCCAGGGACGAAUCUGGGUGGGGCUGGCUUGGAAUCGAGUCCCUCAAGCGGUGCGAGAGCUGCGGGUGAGAAGGACGCUGUGGACGACGGCUACACGACGGUGGGGCCCCGGCGGCGAACCAAGCCGUCAGCUGGAACGGCUAAACCAAACAUUGUAUAACAGCAUUGUGCCACCUCAAGUUGACAUCACCACACCCCUGCCUACAUUUCGCUGUCAGUUGGACGAACUUUUCGUCACUUCAUAGCGCGUCAGUGUAUAUGCAUAUCUAUUUCUUUUUAAUGAGUAGGAUUUUUGUUUAAGAGUUUUAUUGUACGAGUUGGUGUACCUAAGAGAAGGCCGCUCGGCCGUUUUAGGGCACCCGAAAAAUAAAGAUUAUUAUUAUUAU